UGAGUUAAUCUCCUCUCUUGUUCGCGCGCGGCAUACCGUACGCAUUGUUCUCGGCGUAGUCGCUCGUGUCGAAUCUUUCGAUGGAGCGUUUCAUAUCCUCGUAAAUAUCGUCGCAUUCGACAAAAUAGAUCAGACUGUCCGUGUCUGUGUUCAUUUCUUUACAAACACCGCGAUAUAACGGCACCAUAUAAUCGUAGUGAAACUCGUACAAUCGCGUUUUCGAUAUCUCCAAGAGUGACAUGCCAACGUAUAUCGGUUUAUUGAGCUUCACCUCGAGUUUCCGUAACUCGACGGCCAUCAGAUUCUCCGAGAAAACGCUUCUGGUGUGAAAAUUCGGUCUAGAAAUUAGCGCUUCCGCUCCAUACCUUCCCUCCCAACGCGUCACAAGACGCACGUCAACGUGCUCGCGCACGUCUACGUUGAUUCUGUAACAUACAAAUAUAAAAUUCAUUAAAGCAGUGUUCAAGAAAAUUAAUAUUGCAAAAUAUAAGUAAUUUUUACGGGUAGGGUAAAUGUUUACCUCAUAGUGUCUUAUAAGAGUCAACGACAAUCCCGUAAUGGCUCAAGAAUUUAAUCUAUCUGUCAGCCCUGAAAUGGAAAAGGUAGCGGCUAGAAUUUUAUCUCCUCCAGAUUUGAAAUAUAGAGAUCCCAACCGCCCGGUAGAAGUGAGGAGAGGAACGUGGAAUUUGCAACAUUUUAAUGAAGCCAGACAUUUGGAGGAUUAUUCAUGGACUAUUGUCAAUUUGAGUGGAAAACCAAUUGACCCUCUUAUGCAAACUUUCUCUAAAACAUUGCAGAGCACUGCACGUGAUGUUGGUAUGAAUAUUGGACAGCCCCUUACUCCAUUUAAAAGUUUUAGACUAAAUAAUUUAAAUGAUAUCACAAAGUACUUCAGCCAGAAUAGCAAAUUAAAAUUGAUAGUAGUUAUCAUACCUGAUGGUACAGACAUAAUGUAUGGUAAAGUAAAGAAGAUUACCGAGAUGGAAGUAGGUGUUUUGACACAGUGUUUGAAGUUUAAAACCUUAAAAAAACUAGACUCAUCCAGACCACAGUUUGCGACAGUAAAAAACAUACUACUAAAAAUAAAUUCCAAACUAAAUGGCAUCAAUCAUACAUUUACUAAAAUGCCAUUUUGUUUAAAUGAACCUUGUAUGCUUGUUGGUGCUGAUGUGACUCAUCCAUCUCCGGAUUCUAAAAAUAUACCAGCCGUAGCAGCGGUUGCAGCAAAUAAUGAUAAGUCAGCCUUCCAAUAUAAUGUUGCACUUAGACUUCAACAACCCAAAGAAGAAAUAAUUAGGGAUCUUAAGGACAUAAUACUAUCACAACUUGCAUUUUAUGUACGUGAAACAAAUUGUGUCCCGAAGAGAAUCAUAUAUUAUCGAGACGGCGAUACAUCCGCCGAAACAUUGGUCCUUACACAUUUCCUUGCUCUUAUGCUUGGCGCGCUGAGUUAAUUCCGUGAGAUAUUCGUUUUUCCAUCGAUUCCAGAAAUCUCGCUUUAAUUUUUGAAGAUGUUGCCAUUGUGAGAGUCUGUUUGUAGCUACGUCAGUAAAAUUUACGUCUGGAAUUGACGAAAGUAAUCCACCAAUCAAAAAAUGACUCGGAGUUAGUACAUUUAAAUCAGUUGGAUCAGAUGACAAGGGUGUUAAUGGUCUGGAGUUCAGUAUUGCCUCGAUCUCGAUAAUGAGUGUGUUGAAUUGUUCAUAAGAGAAAAGUGUAUCUUUGGCUACGCGAUGUAAAUGAUGCUUAAAAGACCGAACUGCCGCCUCCCAAAUUCCUCCAAAAUGAGGGGAUCGUGGGGGAAUAAACUUCCAAGAUACCUCCUGAUCGCUUAACCACCUUGUCACCGCCUCCUUGUACGGUUGAGUCUUAAUAUAUUCGUGAAGCUCCCGCAAUUCAUUUCUUGCGCCUACAAAAUUCGUGGCAUUGUCAGACAUUAUAAUGUUCGAUUUGCCUCUUCGACUAAAAAAUCUCUUAAGAGCAGCUGCCGUGUUCAGCCAUUUUAGACGCUUGGCUGCCGUGUUCAGCCGCGUCGUUCGAGAUUGUACUCGAGGAGCCAGAUACGACCCCGUCAGGGUCCUCCGCACCCGUUGCUCUUUCGUUCAUGCGCGCACGCAGCCCCAGGCCAUCCGAGAACCCGGGAUAAUAAUCUUUCAUAACUUGUCUAUCCAUUAUUAACUGCGUGUUGGGGAGCUAUAAAGGCUUCCGUGGUUAAGUCGCUUAUAAGCUCCAAAUGGAUUGCCUUGGAUGCAAGACAAACAAAAA